UUGAAUCAUUGGUCAUCAUCUGUCAUCAUAGCUUCGGUUGCAAUGUCAAUUUUCAGUCAUCAUCAUUCUUUUCUGUAACGAUACCUCGUGGAAGUCAGACGUGUACGUGGACAAAAUGUCUCACCGUAAAUUCUCAGCACCGCGUCAUGGUUCCAUGGCCUUCUACCCCAAAAAACGUGCUUCUCGACACCAGGGUCGUAUAAAGGCUUUUCCCAAGGAUGAUGCAUCUAAACCCGUGCAUCUGACUGCUUUCCUGGCUUAUAAAGCCGGCAUGACGCACAUUGUGCGGGAAGCGGAUCGUCCUGGAUCAAAGAUCAACAAGAAAGAAGUUGUUGAAGCGGUUACCAUUUUGGAAACGCCUCCAAUUGUGAUUGUUGGAGCCGUUGGUUAUAUCGAGACUCCGUUCGGACCACGUGCUUUGUGUAAUGUAUGGGCACAACAUCUUUCGGAAGAAUGUCGUCGUCGUUUCUACAAGAACUGGCAUGCGAGCAAGAAGAAGGCUUUCACCAAGGCCUCCAAGAAGUGGACCGAUGAUUUAGGAAAGAAGUCGAUCGACGAAAACUUCAAGAAAAUGAUCCGCUAUUGUAAAUUCAUCCGGGUCAUUGCUCAUUCCCAGAUUCGUCUUAUCAAGCAAGGCCAGAAGAAGGCUCAUAUCAUUGAGAUCCAGCUUAACGGAGGAACCAUUGAAGACAAAGUCAAUUGGGUUAAGGAGCAUCUGGAAAAACCAGUCCCAGUUUCGCAGGUUUUCGCUAAGGAUGAAAUGAUCGAUUGUGUUGCUGUAACCAAGGGUAAGGGAUUCAAGGGUGUCACUAGCCGUUGGCACACCAAGAAAUUGCCCCGUAAAACACACAAAGGUCUCCGUAAAGUUGCUUGCAUUGGAGCUUGGCAUCCAUCGCGUGUAGCUUUCACCGUUGCUCGUGCUGGUCAAAAAGGUUAUCAUCAUCGUACCGAAAUAAAUAAGAAAAUUUAUCGCAUUGGAGCUGGCAUUCAUACAAAGGAUGGCAAGGUAAUCAAGAACAGUGCUGCCACUGAAUAUGACUUGACGGACAAAUCUAUUACCCCCAUGGGCGGAUUCCCAUUCUAUGGUGAAAUUAACAAUGAUUUUCUCAUGAUCAAAGGAUGCUGUAUUGGAGCCAAGCGUCGCAUCAUCACACUGCGUAAAUCUCUGCUUGUGCAUACCAAACGCGCUUCCCUGGAGCAAAUCUCGCUUAAAUUUAUCGAUACCUCUUCCAAGAUGGGACAUGGUCGCUUCCAGACACCAGCCGAUAAACGAGCCUACUAUGGCGUCCUCAAGAAGGAUCGCAUUCGCGAGGAAAAAGCUCAAGCUGCCGCUGCUGCAGCCGCAGCUAAAUCGUCAGCGUAAGCUAUACUAACAUCCUACUUCAAGUAUAAGCGAUAAUAUAAUCGACCACAAGGCAGAACUUGA